AUGGAGGAGCCGGAGGCUGCCCGCUCCAGCCCCCGCCCCCGCCCUCCCCCACGGCCCCAGGCUCCAGAUUCUAGGGACAGACCCUCCCAGGGUCAGUUCCCCACGGGGUGCUCAGACGCAGACCCCGCCGACCGGGGCGCAAGGACCCGGGCUGGGGUCCCUGCCCACCGUGGGCACCGGGACUCCGGGUCAGGGGUGCGGCGAGGUAGGGGAGGUUUCCGGACGGGCCCACGUGCUGAUCGGCCCGCCCGCCCGCUUGCCGGCAGCGUGCAGCCCCGCGCCGCUGCCGCCCGCGAGCUGCUGCUUGCUGCGCUGGAGGACCUCAGCCAGGAGCAGCUGAAGCGCUUCCGACACAAGCUGCGGGACGCGCCGGUGGACGGCCGCAGCAUCCCGUGGGGCCGUUUGGAGCGGGCGGACGCCGUGGACCUCGCCGACCAGCUGACCCAGUUCUACGGGCCGGAGCCCGCGCUGGACGUGGCCCGCAAGACCCUGAAGAGGGCGGACGCGCGCGAUGUCGCGGCUUGGCUCAAGGAGCAGCGGCUGCAGCGGCUCGGCCCCAGCUCCACGGCGCAGCUCUCCGUGUCCGAGUACAAGAAGAAGUACCGUGACCACGUGCUGCGGCAGCACGCCAAGGUGAAGGAGAGGAACGCCCGCUCGGUGAAGAUCUCCAAGCGCUUCACCAAGCUGCUCAUAGCGCCCGAGAGCGCCGCCCCGGAGUGCGAGGCCGCGGGGCCCGCGGAGGAGCCGGAGCCGGAGCGCGCCCGGCGCUCAGACACCCACACCUUCAACCGCCUGUUCAGCCGCGACGAGGAGGGCCAGCGGCCGCUGACCGUGGUGCUGCAGGGGCCGGCGGGCAUCGGCAAGACCAUGGCCGCCAAGAAAAUCCUGUACGACUGGGCGGCGGGCAAGCUGUACCAGGGCAAGGUGGACUUCGCCUUCUUCCUGCCCUGCGCGGAGCUGCUGGAGCGGCCCGGCGCGUGCAGCCUGGCCGACCUGAUCCUGGACCAGUGCCCGGACCGCAGCGCGCCCGUGCGGCAGAUGCUCCAGAAGUCGGAGCGGCUGCUCUUCAUCCUGGACGGCGCGGACGAGCUGCCGGCGCCCGGGCUGGCGGAGACCGCGACCUGCACCGACCCCUUCGAGGCCGCAGGCGGCGCGCGCGUCCUGGGCGGUCUCCUGAGCAAGGCGCUCCUGCCCCAGGCCCGCCUGCUGGUGACCACGCGCACCGCCGACCCGGGCAGGCUGCAGGGCCGCCUCAGCUCGCCGCAGUGCGCCGAGGUGCGCGGCUUCUCCGACAAGGACAAGAAGAAGUACUUCUACAAGUACUUCCAGGACGACUGGAAGGCGGAGCGCGCCUACCGCUUCGUGAAGGAGAACGAGACGCUGUUCGCGCUGUGCUUCGUGCCCUUCGUGUGCUGGAUCGUGUGCACGGUUCUGCGCCAGCAGCUGGAGCUCGGCCAGGACCUGUCGCGCACCUCCAAGACGACCACGUCCGUGUACCUGCUUUUCAUCGUCAGCGUCCUCAGCCCGGAGCCCGCCGCGGACCGGCCCCGGCUGCAAGGAGAGCUGCGCAAGCUGUGCCGCCUGGCCCGCGAAGGCGUCCUGGGGCGCAGGGCGCAUUUCACGGAGAAGGAUCUGGAAAGGCUGCAGCUUCAUGGCUCCAAGGUGCAGACGCUGUUUCUCAGCAAGAAAGAGCUGCCCGGCGUGCUCCAGGCCGAGGUCAGCUACCAGUUCAUCGACCAGAGCUUCCAGGAGUUCUUCGCCGCGCUCUCCUACGUGCUGGAGGAGGGGGAGGUACCGCCCGGGGCGCCGGCGGCGGGCGGAGUGGCAGAGCUUCUGCGGGGCGACCCCGAGCUGCGCCACCACCUGGCGCUCACCACGCGCUUCCUCUUCGGACUGCUGAGCGCGGAGAGGACGCGCGACCUCGAGCGCCACUUCGGCUGCGUGGUUUCGGAGCGCCUGAAGCAGGACGUGCUGACGUGGGUGCAGGAGCAGGGCCAGCGUCGCCCUGGGGUGUUGCCAGAGGGGGCCGAGGACGCCAACCUGCUGGAGGGCCCUGAGAGGUCAGAGUCCAAGUCGGAGGAGGAGGAGGACGAGGAGGAGGACGAGGAGGAGGAGGGGGGCGCGUUCGACUUCUCGAUGGCGCUGCUGUACUGCCUGUACGAGACGCAGGAGGGCGCCUUCGUGCGCCAGGCCCUGCGGGGCCACCGCGAGCUGGCGCUGGAGCGCCUGCGCUUGAGCCGCAUGGACCUGGCUGUCCUGAGCUACUGCCUGCGAUGCUGCCCGGCCGGGCAGGCGCUGCGGCUGGUGAACUGCGCGCUGCCCGCCCCGCAGAAGAAGAAGAAGAAGAAGAGCCUGGUCAAGCGGCUGCAGAACAGCCUGAGCAGCGGCUCUUCUCAAGGCAGCACGAGAAAACCCCAGCCCUCCUCACUGCACCCGCUCUGCGAGGCCCUGACGGACCAGCAGUGCGGUCUGACCAGCCUGACGCUGUCCCGCUGCAGACUCCCAGACUCGGCCUGCCGAGACCUGUCCCAGGCCCUGAGGCAGGCCCCCGCCCUGACCGAGCUGAGCCUCCUCCACAGCGGGCUCAGCGAGGAGGGCCUGCGCCUGCUGAGCGACGGCCUGGCUUGGCCCAGGUGCCGGGUGCAGACACUCAGGCUGCAGCAGCCCGGCCUCCAGGAAGCCCUCCAGCACCUGGUCGCCCUGCUCCGGCUCAGCCCCUCGCUGACCACCCUGGAUCUCAGCGGCUGCCAGCUGUCGGAGCCCAUGGUGACCUACCUGUGUGCGGCCCUGCAGCACCCAGGAUGCCGCCUGCAGACCCUCAGCCUGACCUCCGUGGAGCUGGGUGAGCAGUCGCUGGAGGAGCUGCGGGCUGUGAGGACGGCGAAGCCAGGCCUGGUCAUCACACACCCAGCGCUGGACAGCCACUCUGAGCCUUCCAAGGGAUACAACACAGCCUUCUGAGGCCCGAAGGCCAGCGUGGCCAGGAGGGCUGCCGCCAGCCCUACGAAGUCAGUCUCCCCGUGCCGAGGGGGAGCCCAGAUGGACAGGGUCCCUCUCAUGGUCCUGGACGGGGUGCAGGGCACGCCCUGGGGACGGCCGGAGACCACCACUGCUCCCCCUCACCUCCACGUUGUCCCCACCUACUCCCUCUGCCGGGGCCCUCCAGCCACCCCCUUGCCGGUGUCCCUGGCAGCAGUCACAGUGCCGAGACCCCCAGGGACUGAGCACCUGCCCUGGGUGGACCUUUCCCCAUGUGCUGGGCACCGAGCAACACCCGCACCGACCCUGUCGCCGUCUGCGGUGCCGGCCCCACGGACCCACAGUUCUGUCCCCGGCCACUGAGGGUCAGGCAGGGGCUGCCCCUUGAGCAGAAGGCGGCCGGUUGCCGUGCCUCCCCUGGAGCUGGGGUCUUGGCAGCAGGAGGGACGCCGUCCCCGAGGCGGCAGGGCUGGGCCCGCGGGGCCCACGGGCUGCCGGAGGCCUUCCGGAACUGAG